AUGGGCAGAUACUCCGUUAAACGUUACAAGACAAAAAGAAGAACUAAGGAUCUUGACUUGAUUUACGAAGAGUUAGCGUCGCAAAAACAAAUUGAUGGCCUACUGAAUCAGCCUAUUGACGAGACCAAACCUGGUCUAGGGCAACACUACUGUAUACACUGUGCUAAAUAUUUUGAAACUGCAUAUGCUCUAAAAACUCAUUUGAAGACAAAGGUGCACAAGAGAAGAGUGAAGGAGUUGAAGGGCGUUCCAUAUACACAGGAGGUUGCAAAUGCCGCGGUUGGUUACAAUUUGAAUCGCUUUUUGGCUAGAGUGGAGCAAAUCAAGACCCAGGUUGGUCCACAGAAGGAAGAAAACGAAAAAGUUUUAGACUCCCAUCUAAAGUCUUCUUUAGCUAACGUAAGCACUACGGAAUCGACUCUACCAUAUCUUGAUAGCGUUGUUCAGGACCAAAAGCAACAAGAGGUGGCAGCAACGGAGGAAGAAGUUCAAAUGGCUGAUUAA